UCGCUCGCUCUCUCCGCCGCCGCCGCCACAGCGCGCGCUGAUGCCGCAGCUCCGGUCUCCCUCUCCCUCUCCCUCUCUCUCUAUCUCUCUCUGAUAAUAACACAGCACAGUCAUGGCGACAGUGACAGUCCAACCGCUCACCCUGGAGCGAGAUGUUGCCAGGGCGAUUGAGCUGCUGGAAAAAUUACAGGAGUCAGGUGACGUCCCGGGUCACAAGCUGCAAUCCCUGAAGAAGGUUCUACAGAGCGAGUUCUGCACGGCCAUUAGAGAGGUAUACCAAUAUAUGCAUGAAACAAUAACAGUGAAUGGCUGUCCAGAGUAUCAAGCACGUGCCACAGCUAAGGCCACAGUGGCUGCAUUUGCAGCAAGUGAGGGUCAUUCUCAUCCGCGAGUGGUGGAGCUGCCCAAGACAGAUGAGGGGCUUGGCUUCAAUGUGAUGGGUGGAAAAGAACAGAACUCACCAAUCUACAUCUCCCGCAUCAUCCCAGGGGGCGUGGCUGAGAGGCAUGGGGGUCUUAAGAGAGGCGACCAACUACUGUCCGUCAAUGGAGUGAGCGUCGAGGGCGAACACCACGAAAAGGCAGUGGAGCUAUUGAAAGCGGCCAAGGACAGCGUCAAACUGGUGGUGCGUUACACCCCUAAAGUCCUAGAGGAGAUGGAGGCGAGGUUUGAGAAGCUCCGCACCGCCCGCAGACGCCAGCAGCAGCAGCUCCUCAUGCAGCAACAGCAGCAGCAAAACCUGGCCGCCCAGCAGAACCACAUGUCGUAGGCUGUUCCAAAAGAAGAAAAAGUAGAGGACACUGGGUGAGACUGGCAUACUCUCACAGUCGUGAUGUAAGGAGGUCCGAGAGAUCUCAAAAGAGGACCCUUACUGUUCUCCAGUGAAGACUAUCCUCUUUUAGUCAACUACCUACAACUCAAAAAGGUUGAAAACUCCAUGAUCUGUGUUCCAAAUUGGUGCUUGGAAAAAUGUACAUGAUGGAAUAAAGGAAAGGCUAGCACUAAGUACAUGGUUUUACACUUACUUGUUCAUAUUUCAGUUGUCUGGAACCAAUCGCAAGUUGUGACCCUCUUUAAAAGUCCCUCUUGUAGUUUUGUGAUAAUGUGUUUUCUCAACAUGUAUUUCUUCUUAAGCAUUCAAUGAUUUGUUUUUACUCUCGUUAUAUUUAUGUUGCCACAGCGCUGUACAGUAACUUUCCGAAAGGUUCUUUUGGUGCUGGGGUCUCCGUGAAUAGACAGCGCUUUUUAUGUCAGUCGUCCUUGAUUGGAAACCACUGAGGUAUUUUAUACCAUAUUGUAGCAAGGAAUAUUUUGUAAAGAAACUAGAUUUAGCAAUAACACUUGUUUUGUCACAUCCUACUGUCAAAUUAUGGUUAAAAAGUCAAUUUUAGGCACGGAAAUGAAUCGUAUGAAGGUAAAGUUGCUACAAAACUGUAUCUUAUGCACCAUGUGACAUAAGUCAGACUAAAGCAUAAACAUCAUUUGCACAAAAUGUUCUUACGAGAUCAAUGUAUCACAGUGCCAUUGACAGAGAUUAUCUUGUACAUUUGGCAUAUUGUAUCAGCAGACAUUUAAAGGUAAAGUGUGUCAUUUUUGCAAAUACUUUCUCAGAUUUCACUUAUACCCUAAUUAAGUUCGAGUUCGAGACAGGACUUCGCGUUCGAAAACCAAUAGUUUUGGAAAGUUGUGUUUUUGGCACAGCAAUGACACACUACACCUUUAACAAGUCAUGCAUUCGUGAGAGCUGUAGAGUUUCGAUGGGGUUUUAUGGCGUGAUGUCACUACUGAAAUGAAUUCUAAUUCAGAAAUAUUCUAUUUAAGUUCAGACGAAUAUUGUAAAAUGAUUUACUAUGAGGACAAAUGGAAUGUCAAACACAGAUACAUGAUAUCUACAAACGGAAGCAAAUCAUUACAUAGUAUUUUGUUAUUUUAAAGUUCUAUUUUCAAGUUUAUUAUCUCAGAGGUUUUAAAGAUUAUCAAUUGUGGUGUUAUUUAUUGUUAUAUUUCACACGACCGACCCGCCUCAUUCACUAGAACCAUCGUAACGUUGUCCCGUUUCGACAAUCAGUUUAAAAAGCAAGCAUUAAGCCACUGCAUUUCGUUUUUCUUUAUGAAAUUGCGUUUUUAUUUCACAGCCUCAUUGCCUCAACACAAACUGUCAAAAGCUGGCAAACCGUCUAUCCAUUGCAGUGCUGUAGUCGUACUGUUAGUUAAAGUCUUAUAGAAGCAAAACUGUAAAUCAGCAAGUAGUUUAAGACCACCAGUAAUCAAAGGUAAUAUUGUAUCUGUGUUAUUGUAAUUUGAUUUAAUGGUUUUCCUGACGUAGGACUGGUAGAUACUUAAAUUAGUUCCUUUGUUGGUUGGUUUAUGAGUAAUCUCAGACUGUGGGUAACAUGUAAGCGUGUCAUCCUAUAGACAAAAUCACUCCAAACAGCCGUGAAGGUGAUUUGUUCCUUGAUUGUCAAUCGAUUCAUUUCAACUGAUUCUCUUCCCUUUUGUAUGUUUACUUACAGACUUUCUUAUUAAUGACUUGCAUUUUUGAGGCUGGACAAGCUGAUAUUAUUAUACAGCGGAAAAAAAAAAAAACCAAGUGAUAUGCAAUUGUUAUACAUAUUAUAUUUGUAUAAAUAAAUAUAUGUGCGUGUGUGCAAAA